AUGUCCAAAGACGCAUUCGAUGAUGGGGAGCUUCCUCCCCCGUAUACCGAAUCAGGUCCAUCAGUAUCAACACCGAUCUCUGAACCACGACAAUCAGUAACAACAAUCUUCUCUUCUCAUCUUCACAAUCUCCCCAAUCGCAUUCACUCCGUCCAAGCAGCUCGCACAUCAGCCCGCGACCAAAGAGACAGUGAGAUCCUGACUCUCCUCAUUCCCAAUGUGGAAGAAAUGCUAUCAUCAAUCGCGGCUUUGGAACCGCCCCCACGGCUAGCAGAAAUGAUCUUGGUUCCGGGGGAUGCAGUUGGAGAAGACUGGAUCUUUGAAGAUGAAGACCACUCUCGUACAGUUGUGCGAGUAACAGAGGAUUGCAAGUUAGUAGGCGACCAAAAACAAGCGCCCAAGAAAGAAAGUGAACCUCGUAAAGACAGGGCCUUCGACGAAUGGGGAAGAUGGGAAGACAAUACCACGCAGAGCUCUUCCUCAGACGAUGUUCUCUGGUGGUCAGACCACGAUAUGGCUGUUCGAUUGGCAAAAUACAUAUCACCUGAAAGACUCGAUCGACAGGUUGUCAAAGCACAUGUCGAACAGACCAAGAAGUCUUCGAGAUGGGGUCUGUUCAAGAAGAAUGAGCCACAAACACCACCGCCCAAGCCGAAGGUACAGGAGGAAGAGCCAGUCACUAUGGUUGUCAAGGCCGAGGAGGUGACUUUUAGAAAAGAGAAUGCUAUGGGAAUAUGGGAAGGCAAGACAGGAUGGGGUUUGGUGGUUAAAGUGAGGAUACGGCAAUGA